GGCAGGAGUGGCCAUGCCAUUUGGCUGUUUAACGCUCGGGGCAAAGAAGGAUUACAACAAUCCCUCGGAGGUGACAGAUAAAUAUGACCUGGGACAGAUUGUUAAAUCGUAAGUAUGCUGCUAGUAGUCAACCUGACUGAAUGAACAGGAAAUACAGGAAACCCACCAUCAACCCUCUAGUCUGGGUUUUUCCUUUGUAUGAUAUGGCACCAGAUUAUUUGAAAAUGUACUAAGUAAAAAAAUUAACUUCAAUAAGGACAAAUGCUUUAUUCAAGUCCACCUACAAUUUCUAGGAAGGCUGUUCCCAUAGCCAUAAUGAUAAAAUCGUAAUCAAGGACUUUACUAAUUUAGAAACCCAUUUACGUUUACUUUGGAUCUUUCUAAAUGUGUGAUUUUGUGCAUUUCCUUUUCAGGGAGGAGUUCUGUGAGAUCUUCAGGGCCAAGGACAAAAACACACUGAAAAUGUUUACUUGUAAAAAGUUCUUGAAAAAGGAUGGGAGGAAAGUUCGGAAGGCUGCAAAAAAUGAGAUAGUCAUUUUAAAGAUGUGAGUUGCUGUUAUCAACUUUAAAUUCUGCCAUCUGUCAUUUUACGUCCGCGUUCACAAAACUAUUCUCUGUAAAUGAAAUUUGUUUUAUAACAGAUGGUGUAUUAUUUCAGUAGGCUAUGUGAAUGUGUAAUCUCUACGAGGAAUCAGUUGUUUUGUUUCUAUACACUUUAUCUUCUGAAAGACAGAAUGCGCACAGUGGAUAUCCAUUAGAGCGAAGAACAGAGAAAACAAAAUAUGUCUGCAGCAUUUUUUAUUAAAAAGUAAAGCAAACUUCAUCCCACUGAAUGACCACACUGGGUAGCAUUAUUUUCUCCAACGGUGUUUAUCUCCAACUAUUUUUCUACCAUUAGGCUUCUUAUUCAUCAGUCUGUGGCAGCUUCUCUUUCAUCACCUCCCUCUCCAGUAAAACCAACAUUAGCAUAACCUGAGCCUUAUCAAACAAUUUGUUAUAGGCAGCAGGGAACUCAAAGAACACAGAUGAAAAAACCAAUGUACUUAAUGGAAGAUGAAUUUGUCAUUUCUUGAAGGGUUAUCUAAUACCGUGGAGUCUUUUCUCCCGAUACACAAAAGCAUGACCUUCAUCGGGCUUGCUGUUUGAAUUGGUUUCUUCAAGUUCUCGAACAGGAGGAUUUGAUACAUUUUCUUGUGGUUGGCGUCCAUUACUUUUAGUGACUGGAAAAGAUACCAGUCCGUCAGUCCAAUCCCCUGAAGCACCAUUGAAAGCCAGCUGCACAGCUACCACAUACAGCCAAUGGUUUCCAUGUUGUCUAAUACCUUAUGUGAAGUGUUAUGCUCUGCAUUGCUCAUCGCCUCGCUGACAAAACUCACCAUGAAGUUUCUUAGCUCGAGCAGUCAUUAUCAUGGUCACGGUCAAGCACUCCAUACUAUUCUGCCGCAUAAUCGUCCUUGCACAUAAAUGCCCUCAUCAGCAGACAUUCAAGUCAUGUUUAAAGCACAGUACAUUAUUUAUGGGUAUACAGUUUUCCUCUAUUAAGAAGUUGUCCAAGAGAUGUUUAAGAAUGCAGAUCUCACAGUCCUUUUUUAAUUAAAUUGAUUGUUUACUGAUGUAUUUUUUCCUGCACAUGGUUGCCGUUCCUCUCGGCAUGGCUGACUGUUGGAGUUUGUUAUUCAUGAGCGUUAAUGUACCGUCAAACCGUACUGUAUGUGUCUCAAUGAAGGCACCCCCAUCUCUCUUCACCCCUCACACUCCUUCUAACUCUCCUUUCUCCCCCUUUGGCCUGCUCUAUCCAGGUUGAAGCACCCCAAUAUUCUCCAGCUGGUGGAUGUCUAUGAGACCAGAAAAGAGUAUUUCCUCUUCCUUGAACUGUGAGUUGAGUCGUCUGAUUGGUUGAGAUUGUGCUCCUGUCUUUGCAGCAGCAGGCGUCUAUGUGUUGAUUAUGCACUCAUGGGGAAUGAGUUGUAGUAGCCGGAGGCCAUGUAGAUAUGAGCACGGCUCUGAACUCCCCUUCUGCAGCCUUCAUUUGGUAUUAAGAUAUGAUUCAUUUCUGGCUGCUCCAUAUUCUCAUCAGUCUGUGUUCUUGGGGAUUUGUUGCAUUACCAUAGAUAUAUUAAAUAUAUGAUACUCUACUCCUCCAGGAUUGCAUUGAUUUGUGGGUCUGUAAUUCUGGUCAUAAGGUAAACCAUCAGAGAUCAGAGGAGAAAUGUUGAAAUAAUUGAAAUCAUCACAUUAAGCAGGUUUGGUGGAUUCCGUGAUUUUCUUGACUCUUAAAGUCUUCGCCCUUGGCGAGGGUAUUAUUUCUAUGGUAAUAGCAUAGUAAUGCAAAAAUAUUUUUAAACCAUAUUUUCACACGUUCAAAGUGUCUCUGUGUCAAUUGUAUAAAGUUGUAUUAUUGAAAAGUAUCUGUGAAUGCUUUGAUCCAGAGACAUUGUCAGGCUCAAAGCAUCUACAGUAGGUCAGCACCAUGCUUCAUGCUACUCAAGUUCUCCCCACAGUGCUACAGGCAGAGAGGUAUUUGAUUGGAUCCUGGACCAGGGCUACUAUUCCGAGCGCGACACCAGUAAUGUGGUCCGUCAGGUGUUGGAGGCCGUCGCCUACCUUCACUCCCUGAACAUUGUCCACAGGAACCUCAAGGUACUAAGACCUGGGGCCUCUGGUGGUCAAGGGGAGGACUACAAUAUACUGUAAAUGCCUGAAUGUUGAGCAGCACUGCUUCUUUUAAAGUAAUUGACUUGUUGAAUUACUAUAGGCUGGAAUAUAUACAGUAUAUAUGUAUUGUUCUUUUGGCUCUGUACUCCAACACAAAUAUAUGAUAUUUGUGCAUCUAACUUUCUCACUCAUCAUUAUUCACGAUUCAGGAUUAUUUGUAAUCAUGGUAGCAUCCUCAUUCAUGUAGAAGUGUUUAGAAACAUAUUAUAUUCUUAUUUACAAUAAAAGUUCAUGCAAAAUGACACAAUACAUAAUUUACCAAUAAUUUCUAUUGGGCACAAAAUGAUCUGAAACAACCAAAACAAAAAGCAAAUGCAUCCAGCAAAUUUGUAGAGUCACAAGCUUGAUGUAGUUACUGCGUGCUAUGAAUAUGGGACCAAAUACUUAACUUUUUACUACUUUAAUACACAUAUAAAUGAAUUUGUCCCAAUACUUUUGGUCCCUUAAAAUGGGGGGACUUUGUACAAAAAUUGCUGUAAUUUCUAAACGAUUCACCCGAUAUGGAUGACAAUACCCUCAAAUUAAAGCUGCCAGUCUGCACUGCAAUCCAAAGUACAGAGCCAAAACAACAACAAAGUUGUCACUGUCCCAAUACUUUUGAGGCUCACUGUAUAUACUGUAUACAGUGCCUUCAGAAAGUAUUCACACCCCUUGACUUUUUCCACAUUUUGUUGUGAUACAGCCUGUGAUACAGCCUGAAUUUAAAAUUAAUUCAAUUGACUUUUUUCCCCAUUGGCCUACACACAAUACCUCAUAAUGUCAAAGUGGUGUUCAAUGCCUCACAAAGGGCAGUUAUUGGUAGAUAGGUAAAAAAAAGAGAGGAAGAAAACCACUCAGGGAUUUCACCAAGAGGGUAAUGGUGACUUUAACACAGUUACAGAGUUUAAUGGCUGUGAUAGGAGAAAACUGAGGAUGGAUCAACAACAUUGUAGUUACUCCACAAUACUAACCGAAUUGAAAGAGUGAAAAGAAGGAAGCCUGUACAGAAUAAAAUAUUCCAAAACAUGCAUCCUGUUUGCAACAAGGCACUAAAGUAGUACUGCAAAAAAUGUGGCAAAGCAAUUAACAUUUUGUCCUGAAUAAAAAGUGUUAUGUUUGGGGCAAAUCCAUUACAACAUAUUACUGAGUACCACUCUCCAUAUCUUCAAGCAUAGUGGUGGCUGUUAUGGGUAUGCCUGUAAUCGUUAAGGACUGGGACAUUUUUCAGGAUAAAAAAGAAACGGAAUGGAGCUAAGCACAGGCAAAAUCCUAGAGGAAAACCUGGUUCAGUCUGCUUUCCACCAGACACUUUGAGAUUAAUUUAGCUUUCAGCAGGACAAUAACCUAAAUAAGAAGGCCAAAUCUACACUGGAGUUGCUUACCAAGAAGCCAUUGAAUGUUCCUGAGUGGCCAAGUUAGUUUUGACUUAAAUCUGCUUGAAAAUCUAGAUAGUAAGUAUAGAUCGGAAGUAGAGGCCUGGGCAUUGUUGUUCACUAAUUUACUCCAAGUAGGGAAAGGAUGGCGGGGUUCAAACGUAAUAAAGGGGAGUAUAUAUAUAUAAAAAACAUGGGGGAUUGGAAGUGAUGCAGACAAUUAUAUUGAUAGAAGAUACAAUCUAUCUGCAAUAUUAAGCUGAUCCACCCCCUCCCCCCCCCAAAAAAAUAAAAAAAUAAUAAAAUAAUAAUCAGUCUAUAAUUUUAAUGGUAGGUUUAUUUGAACAGUGAGAGACAGAAUAACAACAGCAAAAUCCAGAAAAACACAUGUCAAAAAUGUUAUAAAUUGAUUUGCAUUUUAAUGAGGGAAAUAAGUAUUUGACCCCCUCUCAAUCAGAAAGAUUUCUGGCUCCCAGGUGUCUUUUAUACAGGUAAUGAGCUGAGAUUAGGAGCACACUCUUAAAGGGAGUAUCUCCUAAUCUCAUUUUGUUACCUGUAUAAAAGACACCUGUCCACAGAAGCAAUCAAUCAAUCAGAUUCCAAACUCUCCACCAUGGCCAAGACCAAAGAGCUCUCCAAGGAUGUCAGGGACAAGAUUGUAGACCUACACAAGCCUGGAAUGGGACCAUCGCCAAGCAUCUUGGUGAGAAAGUGACAACAGUUGGUGCGAUUAUUCACAAAUGGAAGAAACACAAAAGUGGUCCUCUGUAGUUCAAUUGGUAGAGCAUGGUGCUUGUAACGCCAGGGUAGUGGGUUCGAUCUCCGGGACCACCCAUACGUAAAAAAUGUAUGCGCACAUGACUGUAAGUCGCUUUGGAUAAAAGCGUCUGCUAAAUGGCAUAUUAUUAUUAUUAUUAUUAUUAUUAUUAUUAUUAUUAAAAUAACUGUUAAUCUCCCUCUGCCUGGGGCUCCAUGCAAGAUCUCACCUCGUGGAGUUGCAAUGAUCAUGAGAACGGUGAGGAAUCAGCCCAGAACUACACGGGAGGAUCUUGUCAAUGAUCUCAAGGCAGCUGGGACCAUAGUCACCAAGAAAACAAUUGGUAACACACUACGCCGUGAGGGACUGAAAUCCUGCAGCGCCCGCAAGGUCCCCCUGCUCAAGAAAGCACAUAUACAUGCCCGUCAUGUUUUGCAGAGGGGUCAAAUACUUAUUUCCCUCAUUAAAAUGCAAAUCAAUUUAUAACAUUUUUGACAUGCGUUUUUCUGAAUUUUGUUGUUGUUAUUCUGUCUCUCACUGUUCAAAUAAACCUACCAGUAAAAUUAUAGACUGAUCAUUUCUUUGUCAGCAGGGGAUCAAAUACUUUUUUCCCUCACUGUACUUGAUAAGAUUGACUCAGUGAUCUUGCUUUGUUGGAACUAAAAUAAAUUGACUGUCAUUUUUCGGCACUUGUGUGACGCUGAAGUGUUUGACUGCUUCAAUAUUUACCUUAAACAGUGAUGAAGUCUGCUCUAAGUCUGGAUGUUUGAAUGAGAUUACUUUAGCAAAACCUUGGCAAACUUUAGCUGUCGUCCUGUUCCUUUACUCAGCUGGAGAACUUGGUGUACUUUAACCGCCUGAAGCACUCCAAAAUAGUGAUCAGUGACUUCCACCUGGCCAAGCUGGAGACCGGGCUCAUCAAAGACCCUUGUGGAACCCCAGAGUACCUGGGUAAGGACUGGGGAAGGAGCAGGGGAGAGAUUAUUACUUGGGGAAGGACUGGUGAAGGGAUUAGUACUUGGGGAAGUACUGGGGAAGGAUUGGGGGAGAGAUUAGUACUUGGGGAAGGACUGGGGAAGGACCGGGGAAGGAAUUAGUACCUGGUUAAGGACUGGGGAAGGAGCGGGGAAGGGUUUAGUACCUGGUUAAGGACUGGGGAAGGAGCGGGGAAGGGAUUAGUAUCUGGGUAAGGACUGGGGAAGGGUCAGGGUAUCUUCGAGAAUUGGUUUUGGGUAGUAGUUUAUGAGAGUGCAGGAAAGCAUUUGUGAGAGAAAUAUCAAUAAAUAAUCCUUAACUGUGUUUGUGUCCCUGCAGCACCAGAGGUGGUUGGGAGACAGAGAUACGGCAGGCCAGUGGACUGCUGGGCCCUGGGUGUCAUCAUGUACAUCCUGUGAGUGGUUUAAUUAUCGGCAUAGGGAGCCAUGGUCCCAUAUACUGUACUACUGCAAGAGGGGUGGGCUGUGAGUCUGCUCAGAGGACGGGGGAUUAGGAAUAAUACAGAAGGGCAACAGGAAAAGUGACUGUACUUUACUGAAAGAGACCAUCUUCACUGUAAUCCACAUGCUAUUGUGGUCAGUGUGGUGAAAGGAGUCAGGCGCAGGAGGGUAAUCACCGAAUACAGAGUUUAUUCCUUAGUUGAAACACAAAUGCGCUCCAAUAGCUAUCAAUGAAACAGGCACAGGGGAAACAAACAUCCCUGGCAAUUACACUGUAAUGGAAUCCAAUAAUACAUAGGCAUAGGGGGAAAAUCUACCCUGGCAACACAAUGUUAUGAGUAGCUCCACCGAGCUACAUACUCUCACAAUUAACAAUCACCCACAAGGACAAAUGGGCAGAGGGAACACUUAUACACAGACUAAUUAGGGGAUUAGAACCAGGUGUGUGUGACUGACAAGAUAAUUGUGAUGAUGAUUGGGGCGGCAGUGGUUAGUACUCCGGUGACGACGAACGCCGAAGCCUGCCCUAACAAGGAGGGGAGGCAGCCUCGGCCGAAGUCGUGACUGUACCCCCCCUGACGCGCAGCUCCAGCAGCGCGCCGACCCCGGCCUCGAGGACGGCCAGGAGGACGCGGAGCAGGGUGAGCCGGAUGGCGACGGUGGAAAUCCUGCAACAGGGAGGGAUCAAGGAUAUCCCUCACUGGGACCCAGCACCGUUCCUCCGGACCAUACCCCUCCCACUCCACAAGGUACUGAAGGACCCCCACCCGACGCCUCGAAUCCAGGAUGGCACGGACAAAGUAUGCCGUGGCCCCCUCGAUGUCCAGAGGAGGUGGAGGAAGCUCCCGCACCUCAGACUACUGGAGCGGACCAACCACCACCGGCCUGAGGAGAGACACAUGAAACGAGGGGUUAAUACGGUAAUCGGGGGGAGUAACAACCUAUAAGUAACCUCGUUGAUUCUCCUCAGGACUUUGAACGGCCCCACAAACCGCGGGCUCAGCUUCCGGCAGGGCAGGCGAAGGGGCAGAUUCCGGGUCGAGAGCCAGACGCCUCACUGCGUCCCACGUCUCCUCUGCGCGCCGAAACCAGUCAUCCACCGCAGGAGCCUCGGUCUGGCUCUGGUGCCACGGUGCCAGAACCGGUUGGUAACCUAAAACACAUUGGAAUGGUGUUAGGUUAGUAGAGGAGUGGCGGAGAGAGUUCUGGGCAUAUUCUGCCCAUGGCAAGAACACCGACCACUCCCCCGGCCGGUCCUGGCAGUAGGACCGCAGGAACCUACCCACAUCCUGAUUUACUCGUUCCACCUGCCCAUUUGACUCGGGGUGGAACCCAGAGGUCAGGCUGACCGAGACCCCCAGACGUUCCAUGAACGCCUUCCAAAUCUUAGACGUGAACUGGGGACCUCGGUCGGACACUAUAUCCUCUGGCACUCCCGUAGUGCCAGAAGACGUGAGUGAACAGGGUCCGCCGCAGUCUGCAGGGCCAUGGAGAGACCGGGCAGAGGAAGGAGGCGGCAGGACUUGGAGAAGCGGUCCACAAAGACCAGGAUGGUGGUGUUACCUUGGGAGAGGGGAAGAUCAGUCAGAAAAUCAAUGCUAAGGUGAUACCAUGGUCGUUGUGGAACUGGUAACGGUUGUAGCUUACCCGCUGGGAGGUGCCUAGGUGCCUUACUCUGGGCGCACACCGAGUAGGAGGAGACGUACACCCUCACGUCCUUAUCCAAGGUAGGCCACCAGUACUUUCCGCUCAAGCAGCGCACUGUACGACCGAUACCUGGGUGACCAGAAGAGGGUGACGUGUGUGCCCAGAAGAUCAGACGAUCACGGAUAAGAGCAGGCACGUACCGCAGCCCAGCUGGACACUGCAGUGGAGAUGGAUCUUUGCGUAAUGCCCACUCUAUAUCUGCGUCCAUCGCCCAUACUACCGGCGCCACAAUGCAGGAAGCCGGGAGUAUGGGGGUGUUGUCUCUGGGCCUCUCCUCUGUGUCAUACAGCCGGGACAGUGCGUCUGCCUUCACGUUCUUCGUACCUGGAAUGUAUGAUAUUGUAAAAUCAAACCGGAUGAAGAAUAGGGCCCACCUGGCCUGGCAAUGAUUCAGCCUCCUCGCUGCCCGGAUGUACUCCAGGUUACGGUGGUCCGUCCAGAUGAGGAAAGAGUGUUUCGCCCCUUCGAGCCAAUGCCUCCACACGGUCAAAGAUCGGACAACAGCCAACAGCUCCCGAUCACCAACAUCGUAGUUCUGCUCUGCCGGGCUGAGCUUCUUUGAGAAGAAGGCACAGGGCAGAGCUUGGGUGGCGUGCCCGAGCGUUGGGACAGGACAGCGCCUAUCCUUACCUCGGACGCAUCCACCUCCACUACGAACGGUAGUGAUGGAUCGGGGUGGGCCAGUACCGGAGCUGAGGUGAACAGACCCCGCAGUCUCCUGAAGGCCAGAUCCGCCUCAGCAGACCAGCGGAGCCGGGACGGCCCACUCUUCAACAGGGAUGUGAUGGGAGCUGCAACCUUGCCAAAGCCCCGGAUAAACCUUCGGUAGUAGUUGGCAAAGCCAAGGAAUCGCUGCACCUCCAUAACUGUGGUUGGAGUCGGCCAAUUACGCACGGCUGAAAUGCGAUCUCCCUCCAUCUCCACACCUGAGGUGGUAAUGCGAUAUCCGAGGAAGGUGACGGACUGCUGGAAAAACAUACACUUCUCUGCCUUGGCAUAAAGGUCAUUUUCCAACAGUCUGGCCAGCACUUUGCGAACCAGGGACACAUGCUCGGCGCGAGUAGCGGAAUACACCAGGAUGUCAUCGAUGUAGACCACUACACCGCGACCAAGCAUGUCCCGAAACACCUCGUUCACAAAGGACUGGAAGACGGAUGGAGCAUUCAUCAAACCGUAGGGCAUCACCAGGUAUUCAUAAUGCCCCGUGGUUGUGCUGAAUGCCGUCUUCCAAUCAUCCCCUUCCCGAACACGCACCAGGUUGUACGCACUCCUGAGAUCUAGCUUUGUGAAGAAGCGCGCCCCAUGCAUUGACUCGAUCACUGAAGGAAUGAGGGGGAGAGGAUAACUAAAUCUAAUCGUCUCCUUGUUCAGUGAUCGAUAAUCAAUGCACGGGCGCAGACCGCCGUCUUUCUUCUUCACAAAGAAGAAACUCGAGGAGGCGGGUGAAGUGGAGGGACGUAUGUACCCCUGGCCCAGGGACUCGGAGACGUAUGUUUCCAUAGCCUCCGUUUCAGCCUGCGACAGGGGGUACACAUGACUCCUGGGAGGUACAGCGUCUACCCGAAGGUCUAUCGCGCAAUCCCCCGCCCGAUGAGGUGGUAAUUUAGUAGCACGUGUCUUGGAAAACGUGUGCGCCAAAUCGAGGUAUUCGGGGGGAAUGCGCACACGGUGGAGGUACCGUCUGGACUUUCCACCAUGGUUGCACCAACGGAAACAUCUAGACACCUACCCUGACAUUCACGCGACCACCCCGUGAGAGCCCUGAGCCAUGAGAAGGUGGGGUUGUGGAGUGCUAGCCAAGGAAUACCUAAUACCACAGGGAAAGCAGGAGAUUCAAUAAUCGAAAAAUAACCUCCAGGGCUUUCCCACAGAGGCAGGAAACGAGGACGGACACCUUCUCCCGCUCCGAUGGCGCCAGUCUGAUGCUGGCGAAGUAAAGCUCCAAUUGGAGGAGGAAUCCCUGGCACAGUGCCGCCGUCCAAUCAAACGCCCGUGGUCGGGAUAUCUGGAUCCCUACGGGUGCUGGGGUGUAGAUGGCUGGAUCCGGUUGGCCAGCUGGUCUCGACAGAACGGGUCCUCUCCUCUCCAGGUGUUGGACGACCUGAAGAACCCGAUCCAUCGCUUCCCCCAAGCUGGCCAGCAUCGUGGAAUGCUCCUGGACCCGUGCCACGACUCCAGGCAUGCGCUCUUCUCCCACUGACUCCAUAACGGGUGGGUGAUUAUGUGGUGAGUGUGGUAAAGGAGUCAGGCGCAGGAGGGUAAUCACCGAAUACAGAGUUUAUUCCUUCGUUGACACACAAUUGCACUCCAAUAGCGAUCAACGAAACAGGCACAUUACACUGUAACGGAAUCCAAUAAUACAUAGGCACAGGGGGGAAAUCUACCCUGGCAACACAAUGUUAUGAGUAGCUCCACCGAGCUACAUACUCUCACAAUUAACAAUCACCCACAAGGACAAGGGGGCAGAGGGAACACUUAGGGGAUUAGAACCAGGUGUGUGUUUUUGACAAGACAAUUGUGAUGAUGAUUGGGGCAGCAGUGGUUAGUACUCCGGUGACGACGAACGCCGAAGCCUGCCCGAACAAGGAGGGGAGGCAGCAUCGGCCGAAGUCGUGACAGCUAUGCACAAAAGCAGUCGGGGAAUCUUAUUUAUAAGGUAUUACCCAUCGCAAUAAAUCAUAUCUUUACAUGAUAUUUGUGCACAUGGUAUGACAAUACAAGCUGAUAAAGAGCUCCUUUUGUCUUGUGGCCCUCAGGCUUUCAGGCAACCCUCCUUUCUAUGAUGAAACUGAUGAUGAUGACUAUGAAAACCAUGACAAGAACCUGUUCAGGAAGAUCUUGGCGGGGGACUAUGAGUUUGACUCUCCAUACUGGGACGACAUCUCAGAGUCAGGUACUUUUAAAAUGAAGUGACAGGAGACUGGGUGAAUGACAGCUUACUGGGUAAACAGCAAUUCAAAAGGGAGGAUUUCAUCUGUUUACUUUUUCAUGUUAAAAAUGAUCCUGUUUGUUCUCUGAUUCCAUCAGGAGUAGUAACUGCUGUUUGUUGAGAUUAUGCUUUUAUUUUGUUUCAGCAAAAGGCCUGGUAACCCAUAUGAUGGAGGUAGACCAGGAUCAGAGGCUGACUGCUCAGGAGGCCAUCAACCAUGAGUGGUAUGGAAAAUACACAUUAUUAACACAGUAGCCUACUAAUAGAGAUGUAACAGAAGACCACAGUACUAUGGAAAUAUACCGGAUGACCACAGUACUAUGGAGAUAUACCGGAUGACCACAGUGAAAACCCCCCAGAUGAAUGUAGUAUGAUGUGUUCAUGAUAAGGGUACAGUGUGUUCUUAAAUGACCAGGAGUCAAAUUUGGCAAUGUCAUUAUGUUGGUUGGCCCCAUGAUGAUUCAUAGUUGUUAGAGAUGCUGUUUCAUUAGUAAUACUCAUCCCUAUCUGCUGAGCUGUCACUAGCUUGGUUCCCAUUCAAUUGGCGACAGAUUUUCAUGCAAAUAUUCAAAAAUUAGCAUAAAACAUUUUCCAUCAAAUUGACUUGUUGCAGAUAAAAUGUUGUGCAUGAUGACGUAGUGCACAUACAAAUAACUUUUGCAGUUAAAUUCCUAUGUAUAAUUGUUUUUUAAAGACAAGUUAAAUGGGUUUCAAUCACAUUUUCAACUCUACUAAUGGUUUUGUCACAACAAAAGUUGUUAUAAAGCUAAUGUGCCCACUCUCGUUACUGGUCUUGGCAUGUGUGCUCUAGCCAACAGCUCGCAGAUGCAGUAUGGGUAUGCUACCUACAUGAUGAGAUUUGAAUGGAUAAGAGCAAGAUUAUUUUUAUUUUUCAAACGGCAGCCAAGCAUCGAUCAUCAUAUCACCAGAAUAAGACCCUUAUUGGAAAGGAGCAUCAAGCUCAUCACCGUGCACUUUCACCGCCCUGUGAAGUUCAUCAUAACUUAUUUAAUCUGUAGCCUAAUAAACUGCAUGCUUUCCCGAGUCGUAGUGGGAGGACCACACAACAUAUCAUCGCGUGACUCCAAGUUUACUUCGAUAUAAUGGUUAUUAUUAAAAUAUUUGUGCAUGAAGGGGUUUCCAUCGCCAUUUCUCACAUAAUUAAUUUUAUCAACAAAAAGAUCCCACCUUGUCUAGCAUACAGUGAGGGAAAAAGGUAUUUGAUCCCCUGCUGAUUUUGUACGUUUGCCCACUGUCAAAGUGGUAGGUUUAUUUGAACAGUGAGAGACAGAAUGACAACAAAACAAUCCAGAAAAACACAUGUCAAAAAUGUUAUAAAUUCAUUUGCAUUUUAAUGAGGGAAAUAAGUAUUUGACCCCCUCUCAAUCAGAAAGAUGUCUGUCUCCCAGGUGUCUUUUAUACAGGUAAUGAGCUGAGAUUAGGAGCACACUUUUAAAGGGAGUGCUCCUAAUCUCAGCUUGUUACCUGUAUAAAGACACCUGUCCACAGAAGCAAUCAAUCAAUCAGAUUCCAAACUCUCCACCAUGGCCAAGACCAAAGAGUUCUCCAAGGAUGUCAGGGACAAGAUUGUAGACCUACACAAGGCUGGAAUGGGCUACAAGACCAUCGCCAAGCAGCUUGGUGAGAAGGUGACAACAGUUGGUGCGAUUAUUCGCAAAUGGAAGAAACACAAAAUAACUGUCAAUCUCCCUCAGCCUGGGGCUCCAUGCAAGAUCUCACCUCGUGGAGUUGCAAUGAUCAUGAGAACAGUGAGGAAUCAGCCCAGAACUACACGGGAGGAUCUUGUCAAUGAUCUCAAGGCAGCUGGGACCAUAAUCACCAAGAAAACAAUUGGUAACACACUACGCCGUGAAGAACUGAAAUCCUGCAGCGCCCGCAAGGUCCCCCUGCUCAAGAAAGCACAUAUACAGGCCCGUCUGAAGUUUGCCAAUGAACAUCUGAAUGAUUCAGAGGAGAACUGGGUGAAAGUGUUGUGGUCAGAUGAGACCAAAAUCGAGCUCUUUGGCAUCAACUCAACUCGCCGUGUUUGGAGGAGGAGGAAUGCUGCCUAUGACCCCAAGAACACCAUCCCCACCGUCAAACAUGGAGGUGGAAACAUUAUGCUUUGGGGGUGUUUUUCUGCUAAGGGGACAGGACAACUUCACCGCCUCAAAGGGACGAUGGACGGGCCAUGUACUGUCAAAUCUUGGGUGGGAACCUCCUUCCCUCAGCCAGGGCAUUGAAAAUGGGUUGUGGAUGGGUAUUCCAGCAUGACAAUGACCCAAAACACACGGCCAAGGCAACAAAGGAGUGGCUCAAGAAGAAGCACAUUAAGGUCCUGGAGUGGCCUAGCCAGUCUCCAGACCUUAAUCCCAUAGAAAAUCUUUGGAGGGAGCUGAAGGUUUGAGUUGCCAAACGUCAGGCUCGAAACCUUAAUGACUUGGAGAAGAUCUGCAAAGAGGAGUGGGACAAAAUCCCUCCUGAGAUGUGUGCAAACCUGGUGGCCAACUACAAGAAACAUCUGACCUCUGUGAUUGCCAACAAGGGUUUUGCUACCAAGUACUAAGUCAUGUUUUGCAGAGGGGUCAAAUACUUAUUUCCCUCAUUAAAAUGCAAAUCAAUCUAUAACAUUUUUGACAUACGUUUUUCUGGAUUUUUUUGUUGUUAUUCUGUCUCUCACUGUUCAGAUAAACCUACCAUUAAAAUAAUGUAUUUGUCAGUGGGCAAACGUACAAAAUCAACUGUAUUUUGUUUUGUCGACAUUUGGAAAGUUUAUCGACAAAUUUGCCGACGUACUUUACACGUAUAAAAAGGUUGGGUGGAAACCUAUAGUGAAGUUCCCUUUCCCCCCUUUAUCUCCUCAGGAUCUCUGGAAAUGCGGCCUCAAAUAAGAAUAUUAAGGAUAACGUCUGUGCACAAAUAGAGAAGAACUUUGCCAAAGCUAAGUGGAAGGUAAGCCUCUUUAUCUGUUCCAUCACUGAAGGAGAGAUUGAAGAAAACUAUCUAUCACACAUUUUUAAUACAAGUUUUAUGGGCCUUGAUAAUUUGAAAUGGGAUAAAUGAUUGGUGAAAGUACAAGGCUUUUGAAUUAGAAACAUAUUCUGUAAAAGCUAUCAAAUGUAUAGUAACUAGGCCCGUUGAGUUGAGUGUGCACUGCGACUGCCUCCCACAGAAAGCAGUGCGGGUCACUACCAUGAUGAAGCGACUGAGAGCUCCAGAGCAGAGUGCUGACUUGGGGACUACCAGCCCAGCAGUAGCAACCAGCCCUGCAUCAGCAACCAGCCCAGCAGUAGCAACCAGCCAUGCAGACCCCCAGGCUCCCAGUAACCCAUCUGCAGCCGCUGCUGCUGCAGCUCCUGAGGAGGAGCCUGCUGCUGUCACAGAGCCCCCUGUUGAAAUGGAGGCCGUGGCAUGUGAUGCCAUUCCCCAGGCUGCAGCAGAUGUCACAGCGCCACCUCCGGCCCCUGAGGAGGCCAGCCCAGCGGAGGCCACCGCACCGGAGGUGGUUGAUCCUUUGUCACGGUGUAACGGAGAGGCCCCAACUCCCCUCCAACCGGCAGCUGAAGCUGGGGAUGAG